AUGGAUCGGUACCUGCUCCUUGUGAUCUGGGGGGAAGCAAAAGUCCCGUCAGCAGCGGGUGGGGAAGUGGAUCACGGGCCUGGGAAGUCGUCCGUUGAGGGUACCGAGAAACAGCCGGAUUUAACAGCAGCAAAUGUUUAUCACCUCCUGAAAAGGAGCAUUAGUGCUUCAAUGAAUCCAGAAGAUAGUACUUUUCCUGCAUGUUCGGUAGGCGGCAUACCUGCUCCCAAGAAGUGGUUCUUUGCAGUGCAGGCAAUAUGUGGAUUUUAUCAGUUUUGCAGUUCUCACUGGGAAGAGAUACAUUUUGGUACAGAAAAAGAUGAAAUUGAAGAUGUUCUUCAAACAAAUAUUGAAGAAUGUUUGAGCGCUGAGUGUUUUGAGGAAGAAGAUAGUAAUAGCAGAGAAUCAUUAUCCUUGGCUGACCUGUAUGAAGAAUCUGCAGAAAAUUUGCAUCAAUUGUCUGACAAACUUCCUGCUCCUGGUAGAGCAAUGAUAGAUGUAAUACUGUUGCCUUCUGACAAAGAUCCUCCCAAGUUGAAAGACUGUUUACCUACUAUAGGAGCAUUAAAACAUUUAAAGGAAUGGUAUUCAGCAAAAAUAACUAUAGCAGGAAAUAAUUGUGUAAUAAAUUAUCAGAAAAUUGCAGAAUACCUUUCUGCUAAUGUCAUAUCUUUAGAAGAUCUCAAAAAUGCUAUUGACUCAAAGGAAUUAUGGAGGGGAAAGAUUCAGAUAUGGGAAAGAAAGUUUGGAUCUGAAAUUAUUUUUCCUGAAUUUUGUUUAAAGGGAGUCACUCCUAAGAAUUUUAGUACAUCUACUUUAAAUCCUUGCAUUCUUGCCAAAAAGACAUUACCAUCAAAGGAUAAGAAUAUUUUACCAAAGGUUUUCCAUUAUUAUGGCUCUGCUUUAGAAUUUGUGCAGAUAAUAAAAUUAUCAGAUCUGCCCUCCUGCUAUAUGUCAGACAUUGAAUUUGAAUUAGGGUUGACACAAAACAAUACCAAACAAAAUUCCAUGUUGCUAUGGGAGCAGAUUUCUUCUCUGCGUGGCAAGGUCGGUGCUCUUUUUGUAUUGCCAUGUACUAUUAGUAACAUACUUAUUCCACCUCCCAGCCAACUCAGUUCAAGAAAAUGGAGAGAAUAUAUAGCUAAAAAGCCUAAGACAAUCAGUGUUCCAGAUGUUGAAGUGAAAGGUGAGUGCUCCAGCUAUUAUCUCCUGUUACAAGGUGCUGGCAAGAGAAAAUGUAAAGCCACCUUGAUUCACUCAGCCAACCAUAUCAAUGGCUCAUUUGCACUCCGUUUCAUUCAUGGAAAGAUGAAAGCAAAGACAGAAGAAGCCAAACUGAGCUUUCCUUUUGACUUCUUGUCACUUCCACAUUUUUCUGGGGAGCAACUUAUACAGAGAGAGAAACAGUUAGCUAAUGUCCAGGCUUUGGCUUUGAAAGAAUGUCUGAAAAGGAGAAAGUUGGCAAAGCAGCCUGAAGUAGUUUCUGUUGAUGAACUCAAAAAUCUGUUAGUACUCACAAGGGAACACUUUGUAGAUCAUUUUGAUGCUUUUCUUCCUAAAACAAUUUCAAUAAAGACAGACAAAAUUAAAACCUCCGAUAUGUCAAAUGACAUCAGUUCCGUGGAACCUGGUUCUUCAAGUCUAAUGGAAACCAAUCCCCUGGAAUGGCCAGAAAGGCAUGUUCUUCAAAAUUUGGAAAGUUUUGAAAAAGCUAAACAAAAAAUGAGAACUGGCUCAUUACCUCGUUCAUCUGAACAGUUGCUGGGCCACAAAGAGCGUCCACGGGAUUCAGUCACCUUAUUGGAUGCUAAGGAAUUGCUGAAAUUCUUUACUUCAGAUGGAUUACCAGUUGGAGAUCUUCAACCUUUACAGAUUCAAAAGGGGGAAAAGACUUUUGUUCUGACACCGGAACUUAGUCCUCGGAAACUUCAGGGUUUACCUUUUGAAAAAGCCUCAGUAUGUCAUUAUCAUGGAAUUGAAUAUUGCUUGGAUGACCGAAAAGCACUAGAAAGAGACGGGGGAUUUUCUGAACUUCAGUCUCGUCUUAUUCGUUAUGAAACCCAGACCACCUGCACCAGAGAGGGUUUUCCGGUGCCCACGGUGUUGAGCCCUCUUCCAUCACCUGCAGUCUUGUCAGAGCCUGGAAGCAUCCCUGACGGAGAAGCUCCACAAAGUGAGCUCCGAACUGAAGUGUCUCGAUUGAAAAGGAGAUCAAAAGAUCUAAAUUGCCUUUAUCCCCCCAAAAGACUUGUGAAGUCUGAAAGUUCAGAUUCUCUUCUUUCUCAGACAAGUGGCAGCACUAAUCCUCAUCAUCAUGCAGUGACGUCCAGAAAACCACGAGCAGAGCGAUCAUUAUCUGUGACCUGUCCAUCUGUUCCAGUUCUUAGCAAUGAAACUUCAAAAGUCACUACAAAAGCCAGUUGUGGUCAAAAAAGUGUGCAUGGAUCAAAAACAUCAAGGCAAAUUAAGGAAUCAAGAUCACAGAAACACACACGGAUACUGAAAGAGGUAGUUACGGAAACCCUGAAGAAACACAGCAUUACUGAAGCUCAUGGAUGUUUCACUGCAUGCAGCCAACGUCUCUUUGAGAUCUCCAAGUUCUAUCUGAAGGAUCUUAAAACUUCAAGGGGUUUAUUUGAAGAAAUGAAGAAAACAGCAAACAACAAUGCUGUACAGGUGAUUGAAUGGGUAUUAGAAAAGACAAGCAAGAAAUAA